UCGAAAUAGAUUCUCUAGGUUUACUGUUAAGAGCCCAACGUAAGAUGUUAGGUUCAGUCAGAUAUGUUGCUGCACAGUCACCACCAUUUGCUUCAUCUCUUCAACAUUCCCAAAAUCCCCAACAUUCUACUCUUCCAAUUCCAAACAAGGUUUUUUAGCACUUCCUCUUCCAUAUUAGAUCUCUGCACCAAACCACAGCACCUUCAACAACUCCAUGCCAGGUUCUUCCUCCAUGGCCUUCACCAAAACUCAUCUCUUUCCUCCAAACUCAUCGAUUCCUACGCCAAGUUUGGACUCCUAAACUCAUCCCACAAACUCUUCCACUUCACUCAAAACCCAGAUUCAGUUCUCUACAGUGCAAUCUUAAGAAGCUUGUAUCAGUUUGGUGAACAUGACAAGACCCUCUUUUUGUACAAAGAGAUGGUUCAGAAAUCCAUGUGCCCAGAUGACGAAAGUUUCUAUUUUGUUUUGAGAUCGUGCUUUUCCGUGUCUCGUGAACAAGGGAAGAUGGUUCAUGGGCAGAUACUGAAACUGGGUAUGGAUGGUUUUGAUUUGGUGGGAAAAGCUUUGGUAGAGUUGUAUGACAUGGAUGGUUUUUUGAAUGUGCAGGAACCGUUUGAAGGAAAGUCUGUGGUGGAAUUGAAUUAUUGGAAUAACUUGAUUUCUGAGGCAUGUGAAAGUGGUAGAAUGGAGGAAAGCUUUCAUCUCUUUUGUAGGAUGAGAAAAGAGAAUGUCCAACCUGAUUCAAUUACUGUGAUUAACUUGUUAAGGUCGAGUGUUGAAUUGAACUCAUUGAAGAUGGGGCAAGCCCUCCACUCUCUUGUCAUUGUGAGCAACUUGUGUGAAGAACUAACUAUGAAUACUGCACUGCUGUCAAUGUAUAUAAAGUUGGGUAGUCUAAAAGAUGCAAGAAUGCUGUUUGAUAAAAUGCCUGAGAAGGACCUUGUAGUCUGGAACAUAAUGGUUUCAGCAUAUGCGGGGAAUGGGUUCCCCAAGAAAUCCUUAGAACUUGUAUAUUGUAUGGUUAGGUCGGGUUUUAGACCUGACUUGUUCACGGCAAUCCCUGCUAUUUCAUCGAUCACACGAUUAAAGCAUAAGGAAUGGGGAAAGCAAAUGCAUGCUCAUGUGAUAAGAAAUGGUUCAGAUUAUCAGGUAUCCAUUCACAAUUCUCUUAUUGACAUGUACUCUACAUGCAAUGACUUGAAUUUGGCUCAGAAGAUUUUUGGGUUGAUAACGGACAAGACUGUGGUUACAUGGAGUGCAAUGAUCAAAGGGUAUGCAAUGCAUGACCAGCCUCUUGAGGCUCUGUCUCUAUUCUUGAAAAUAAAGUUGAGUGGUACUAAAAUUGACUUCAUCAUAGUCAUUAACAUCUUGCCAGCCUUUGCAAAGAUAGGAGCAUUGCAUUAUGUAAGUUACUUACAUGGUUACUCAUUGAAGACCAGCCUUGACUCACUCAAAUCCCUUAAGACAUCAUUUCUUAGUAGCUAUGCCAAGUGCGGUUGCAUAGACAUGGCCAGAAAGCUUUUUGAUGAAGAGAAAAAUAUGCAUAGAGAUAUAAUUGCGUGGAACUCUAUGAUCAGUGCACAUUCUAAACAUGGAGAGUGGUUUAGAUGUUUUCAAUUGUACAACCAAAUGAAACUAUCAAACAUUAUACCUGACCAAGUAACAUUUCUGGGGCUGCUCACAGCUUGUGUUAACUCUGGCCUUGUUGAUGAAGGCAAGGAGAUUUUCAAGGAAAUGGUGGAAAUAUAUGGUUACCAACCUAGCCAGGAACACCAUGCUUGUAUGGUUGAUCUACUAGGACGCGCUGGACAAAUUGAUGAAGCCAAUGAAAUAAUAGAAACUAUUCCAUUGGAGUUAGAUGCCAGGGUUUAUGGUCCCUUGUUGAGUGCCUGUAAGAUGCACUCAGAGAGCCGUUUAGCAGAAGUUGCUGCUCACAAGCUUAUAAAUAUGGAACCUAAAAAUGCUGGAAACUACGUGUUGCUCUCCAAUAUAUAUGCUGCAGCAGGAAAGUGGGACAAAGUUGCUAAACUGAGGAGUUUUCUUAGAGAUAGAGGACUAAAGAAAACACCAGGUUGUAGCUGGCUUGAAUUAAAUGGACAGGUACACGAGUUUCGUGUUGCAGAUCAUUCUCAUCCAAGAUGGGAGGAUAUAUAUUCAAUAUUAAAAGCACUGGAGUUGGAAGCAGGGGAUAUGGAGGAUGAUCUUGAACUCUUUGACCCUCCUAUGAGUAUCACUGUGAUGUGAAUUGCACAUGAAUAAAUUCAACCACCUUUAAGACCUGACACUUUUUUUUUUUUUUUUUUUUUUUUAUGAAUUUAAGACCUGACACUUGAUAAGCUAAUAAAUUCACUUGACGCUGUAAUUGACAUGUAAAAAUAAUGGAGGAUACAUGUAACAAAAAGGUCAUAGCUCUUGUCACAUUUUUGGCUUUGGUUUAUGGUGUCGUUGGGUUUUUUUUUUUUUUUUUUUUGUG